CCUGCGAACGACGUAGCUCAGGAGUCGAGCGCUUUCACUUUUCCUUCUUUGGAGACACACAGGAGUCGGGCAUGAACGAAGAGCCUUACAUACUUGGACCAAUAAAACCGGUAAAAGCCACAUGGCAAGAGGAUCCACGUUUCCAAGACAGCAGUUCCGAGGGUGAUGAUGAGCCCGAGACAUCAGAAAUUGAAAAGGACCAAGAAAUGCAAGUUCCAUUUGUAUUUGUUGUCUCCUUGGUUGCAGUAGUUGGAUGCUGUGGGCAUAUUAAGAGCAGCACUCAGGAAACGGGAAACGGACAUUGCACACCUCUGAGCGGUGAAAGUCACCCUGGAAAACCUUUUGUGCUGCACAGAGUCAAAACUCCCAGCAGCCCAUUUGGUGUGAAGUUGAAUAUGAAAAGAGAGAAGUGGAGCACAAGAAAUUAACUGGGUCGUUUUGGUUUGACCACAACCAAACGGAGUUUGGCCAAAAGCCAAAGACACAGUCAGUUUUCUUUUAAAAAGCGGGGGUUUUGAUAGAAGGCUGUAUUUAGUUACUGCGAAGUAAAGCUCUUCAAGGUUGACCAUUUCUCUGAAGCGCUACAGCUUUAACUCGCGUUCAUGGAAUUUGAUAGUGCCUUUUAGGAUGCUAAAAUCCCUUUGUACUUGUCUAGGUUUCUUUCUUUACCCCACACGGAAAGUGCUAGAGUUUUCUUCUUCUCCAAAGAUGAUGAACGCCCAAGAGGUACAACAGAACUUAUUCACCCCUUUUGUAUUUUUUUCCUUUUAAACUCUUACUGAAAUUCAGUGAGGAAAAAAUGCCGCCCGCUUACGAAUGUUUUGUAGUCAACAUUUGCCAUCCUUACUCGGGGUCUAGGCUGUGGUAGAAGCCCGCGAGGAAGUCCUGGCAAAAUAAAGGCUGAGCAGCUGUCUGGCUUUCUUUUCUUCCAGAUAAUUGCUUAAUAAGUGUCUGGACUUCUGGAGCUUACCAAAACAAUAGUCACUGGACAAGUUGCCUAGACAUUUCGGACCCUCCU